UGUUCUUGUGACUAUGACACUAGGGACAUCAAUGGCUGCUCAUCAAGGAACAGAAGCUAUGGCUGCUCGUCAAAUAUGCUUACAAGUAUGGUUGGGCUGUAUCUCUCCUUAUGGAUGCACUGGCAGCAUCUGGUCAAGUACAGAAUUCUGUUUGUAAAGAAAUUUUGUUAAAUUGUUAUACGCUCUCUCAAUACAUAUCUAUAAUCGUUGGACUAUCAUGUUCCCAUUAAAAUUCAUAUUAUCUGAGUUGGGAUGGAACUUUACUUGAUGCUGAUUCCACUUAAUACUGUCAGAACAUGAUCUGUUGUUUUUAUAUUUUAUUUGUCAUAUUAUCUGUGAUGUUCAUGUGAUUUUGAUAUUAUCUAUCAUUUUUUUACUGUCCCAUUUAAAGAUAUUCCUGUCACCUAGUUUUACUUGCCAUAAAUUUUGGAAUUAUACAAAAUGCUUAGUCUCAUCAUUUACAGAAUUCUGGUUCCUUGAGUAGUUUCCAUACUGUGGUUGUGUCAUUCGCUUAGCUGAAUGAGUUCAAACCUUCAUGUUACAACUUUUCAAUUAAAAAUAAAAUCAAAACUUUGAAAGUUUAUAGCUUUAUGAUUGCAGUUAAAUCAUUGCUAGCAUAUUGGGUCUCGGAGACAUUAGAAUUAUGAAACAUUCCAACUUUAAUCGUAUGUUUAAUGAUGGAUGCUAAUUAGUUUCUCUCCAAUUUUUUCUCCAUCUUGCAGGUUGUAAACUUAAUAUGGUCAAGGAAGAUGGAUUGGGUUUCUAAAAGUUGAGUGGAACAGAGCUAUUAUAUCAAGAUAUUUUGUUGAGGGAAUAGUUGGUAUGAUCAAGCAGGUGAUGUUGGGAGCCAAAGAUUAUGUUGCUUUUUUUUUUUUUUCUUUUUUUGAGACUUGAAUUUUUUAGUACAGUGUAUUUAAGGAUGGUUAAUGGAUAAUGUCUAUUAUAAAUUUAAUUAAAUUGUUAAUUUUGUUAUUUUCAU